AUGGCAUCUGGCGUGGAGCUCCUUCGCUUUCAGCUGCCUGGCCACGAGGCAGCCACCUUGCGCAACAUGAACCAGCUACGCUUUGAGGAGCGUUUUUGUGACGUCACUAUCGUGGCGGACAGCCUCAAGUUCCGCGGCCACAAAGUCAUCCUGGCGGCCUGUUCCCCGUUCCUGAGAGAUCAGUUCCUGCUCAACCCUUCUUCCGAGCUCCAAGUUUCCCUCAUGCACAGCGCCAAGAUUGUAGCCGACCUGCUUCUCUCUUGCUACACUGGAGCACUCGAGUUUGCCGUCAGGGACAUUGUGAACUAUCUGACCGCUGCCAGCUACCUCCAGAUGGAGCACGUGGUGGAGAAAUGUCGUAAUGCCCUGUCCCAGUUCAUCGAACCCAAGAUCAACCUCAAGGAAGAAACGGCCAAAUUUGGAGGCUACCGGAAAUUCAAGUCUUCCAGUGUUGUGGGUUGCUCUACCUCAUCUAAUAAAGUGCACUCACGCAAGAGGUCCAUUCAGCGGCCCGUUAAGCUGGAAUUCCCACUGGAAGAAGAGUUGGAGAUGAAAGCAGAAGAAGAGGAGGAGGAACAGGAGGAGGAUUUUGGGUAUGAAGAUUCUGUCUCUGAUAUCUGCAUUGUGAAGAUUGAAUCGGCCAUGGAAGUAGCCCAGCGGCAGAAGAAGCAACAGCAGCAGAUGGGCACCAGCUGGAGCAAAGACACAUCACCCCAGCAAAGUUGGAACAAGGAAAGUUCACCACAGCAAGCUUGGGACAAAGAAUUAUCUCCUCCACCCGGGUGGAACAAAGCUGAAUCCGGAGACCAGGAAGAACCUCAAGUCAACUCUACAGUGGCAGAAGCCAUUGAGUCUUCGCCAGAAUCUACACCAGAGAAACCUCAGCACGGUGUGGUAAAGGCCUCCUAUAGCCUCUCUGAGGAUGAUGUAGGCAAAGGCCUCCUGAUCAUCCCUGGGGGAGGCUACUUGGAGGAGACCAGCGAGGCGGCAGCCGUUGCCGCCGAGUGCCAGAGCAGCAGCGGUGGGAUGGGGCUGGUACUCGCAGGACUGAGUGGCCGUCCCUUCUCCACCUUUCCCGUGGUCGGGAGAGGUGGCAGUUCAGGAACCCUUGGGGGAGGUAGCGGGAUCUCAAGAAUCAUCUGUUGCACCAAGUGCGAGGAGGUCUUCCAGGGGGUGGAGAAGCUGGUCUUCCACAUGCGGGCCCAUCACUUCAUUUUCAUGUGCCCUCGGUGUGGCAAGCAGUUCAACCACAGCAGCAACCUCAACCGGCAUAUGAAUGUUCACCGUGGGGUGAAAUCCCAUUCCUGCACCAUCUGCGGGAAGUGCUUCACCCAGAAGUCCACGCUGCAUGAUCACAUGAACCUCCACAGUGGCGAGAGGCCCUACCGCUGCUCUUACUGCGACGUGCGCUUUGCCCACAAGCCCGCCAUUCGCCGCCACCUCAAGGAACAGCACGGCAAGACCACGGCGGAGAACGUCAUGGAGGCCAGCGUGACCGAAAUCAACGUCCUCAUACGUUGA